AUGAAUACAGAAAAUAGAGAUGAGGGCAAUUUAGACUUGAGCUCAAAUAGAAUUGAUCGAAUCUCCGCGCAUGAACAAAUUCUUGCAACGAAGUAUUUGAGUAGGUAUAAAUCAUUUUACGGAAGACUUCACUCCUCUUCACAUAAUGGAUUACAAUUAAAGAGAGGCGUUUUUAUCCACCUAGAUGAAGAAAGAGAAGAAACAGAAAACCAAAAUUCUGGGUUUUCGUUGUAUAAAAGUACCGAAAGUGAACAUAAGAUUCUCGACAACAUUGUAAAGUUAAAAGAACAACUUUUGAAAAUAAAGGAGAAUAUCUCAACCUGUAUUGAUUAUGAGUCUAUGGAAAGAAACAAAAAGAAUAUAGAAGAAAUUAUGAAGAAAUGUAAUGAGAUUGCCUUGAAGAAAGAGAAACUGAAGGAUAAUGAGCAAAGUCUCACUAGAAAGCUUGCUCUUAUUAAAAAUAGCUUUAAAACAUCAGUAAUUCAGUAUAAAAAGAUUGAAAGAGAACUUAAUAGGUACCAGUUAUUCUGGCAAGAAUCUCAAGUAGGUCUUGCUCCGGCUGUAAAUAGCAAUAUAUUAAAGAAAAAAAGACAAAUAAUUCUUGAAGAACAAGAAAGAAGUGGAAAUGGAAAAAGAUCACAACAAGAAAAUUUAAAUAAAAGAGGCAGAGAUUCAAGUGAAAACCAAGAAUAUGAUGCAAAUAGUUAUAUUAAAAGAUCAAUACUUAGUGAAAGUAUGGCUUUAAGUAAAAGAAGUAGCAUAAACUCAAUGAAUAACUCAUGUUAUACUUUGAAGGAGCUACAAAGGUCUGACAUUGAGGAAAGUCAGUUAUUAUCAACUGAAAAUAUUCAUUAUAAUACAAUGGUUUCAAAUAGCACAUAUAAUAAAUGUAACAAAAAUGAAAAUCAUGUGUCACAAAUAAAUCUUGGUUAUAUUUAUGAUGAAAUUUAUAGAGAUGGUUUAAAUUUUCAGAAUUUAAUGAAUUUAAAGAAUCGUCUCCAAGGGUAUAUAAAUCAGACCCCAUAUCAAGUUCUGAAUUGUAUUGAGAUGAUGGAAAAAAACCAUACUACAAAUUUAGAGAAUAUGGCAAUUUCAAUAUUAAAUAAAAGACAAGAUUAUGUGUUAGAGUUUACAAGAAAACUGGAACUAUCAGGAAUUAACUUGGAUAUUGAAAGAAGUUUAUAUGUUAAAAAGUCCAGACUGUUUAGACACCAACAGAAUUCGAGAUAUAAUAACUUGAGCACUCUAUCUGUCUCUCAAGCAUAUACCUUAUUGAAUAUGAUAGGAAAAGGGGGAUUUGCUGAGGUAUGGGAAGUAUUGAAUAUGAAUACUUGGAAUAUUACAGCUGCAAAAAUUCACGAACUUACUCCUGAUAUGACAGAACAUGAAAGAAUGGUUUGUGUAGAAAGAGUUAGCAAUGAAAUUAAACUCCAUAGAGAUCUUAAACAUCCAAAUAUAGUAAAUAUGCUUCAUUGCUUUGAAGUAGACAAUGACAGACUUGUAACUAUUAUGGAGUUAUGUGAAGGUCCAGAUUUGGAUACUUUUAUUAAAACAAAUGGUAGCGUUCCAGAAGAACUAGCAAUCAUUUGGAUAAGACAAAUUCUGGAGGGUAUUCUUUAUUUGAAUAACUUGAAUGAAAAUGGUGAAAAAAUCUCUCCAGAUAGGAAACCAAUAAUUCAUUAUGAUUUAAAGCCUGGAAAUAUUAUUCUCCAUAGAGGUUGUUGUAAAAUUGCAGAUUUUGGGCUUAGUAAACAAUCUGAUAAUGAAUCUGGGAAUAUUAUUAUUGAGAGAAUUGGAGGCGGAACUGUUUGGUAUCAACCUCCUGAAAUUCUUCUAAGACCUGGAGAUUCAUUAGAUAACCCUAGAGUAGUUUCCCACAAAGUUGAUAUUUGGGCGAUUGGUUGUAUAUUUUUCGAGAUUCUUCAUUUAAGGAGACCAUUUGGUUUAAAGAGUAAUUCAAUUGCUGAAGCAUUUUCGUUGAUACCUUUGGAAGCUGAAAAAGGUGCAAUUUUUGAAAACCAUGUUUCUCCUGAGUUUAAAUCAUAUAUUAACUGGCUUUUGACGUAUGAUCCUGAGAAGAGGCCCAACAUUUUUCAAGCUUUUUCGCAUCCACUUAUACAAAAUGUAGUCAAUAUCUAA